UUUUCUCUUUAAAAAAAAACGGGUCAUGCGAUGCGAUUUAUUUCUGUUGGGGGAAAGAAGGAAAAACUAGACAAGACCUGUUGGCGGUGAUGAAUUACUCCAAAGCGCAAAUGUCAAGCUUAUCCGAGGAGGGCAGCUCAGCCGGGUGUCCGCAGUUCGGACCUGCUGGGGUCAAGCUGGAGGCGGUGAUGGAGCAGCUGCAGAGGCAGCAAGAGGCCAAACUGGAGAUGAACCUGCAGGAGAAACACCUUCUCCAAGCCCAGCUCCUGUUUGCUCAACACGCUGCUGCAGCAAGAGCCUCUGGCUCCAGACUGGAGUCUGCUUUGUUUGGCAAAGCCGAUGCACAGACUUACCAGGCGGCUCAGCGAGCCUUGAACAGCCACCUCAGAAGAGUAGAUCCAGAUGAGGAGGAACAGGGAAUGGUGCAGCCUGAAGAGCACGAUGAGGUGGAAGAAGAUGAGGACGAGGAUGAGGUGGACGACGAGGAAGAGGAGGAGGAGGAGGAGGAGGAGAAUGGGCUUCAUCGGCAGGUGAAGAAGCCUAGACUCCAGCAGGUUGCAGGCUUCCCCUUCCCUCCUUAUCCCACAUCCCAGUCGUCUGCUGUGAAGCAAAGCGAAGCUGCACCUUCAGCAGUAAAGCAGGAGCACGAGGAGAAGGAGCUGCUGUCUCCUGCAGGCCAACAAGCCUUCACAUCACCCAACGGCUUUGCUGACUGGGGCUACGAUGAGCCAUUCAAACAAAGAGGAAGUGCCGCCUGGGCUGAGGACAAUGACGGAGGAAAAGUAAGAGGGGAACCUUCCAGGGACUUUGCUAAGCUUUAUGAACUGGAUAAUGACCCGCAGCGGAAGGAGUUUCUCGAUGAUCUCUUCGUCUUUAUGCAGAAACGAGGAACUCCUGUGAACCGCAUUCCCAUCAUGGCGAAGCAGGUGUUGGACCUGUACAUGCUUUAUAAGCUUGUGACAGAAAAGGGAGGCCUGGUGGAGGUCAUUAACAAGAAGAUCUGGAGGGAGAUCACCAAAGGCCUCAAUCUCCCCACGUCCAUCACCAGCGCAGCCUUCACCCUCCGCACCCAGUAUAUGAAGUAUCUCUACCCGUUCGAGUGUGAGAAGAAGGGCCUGAGCUCUCCGGGCGAGCUGCAGGCUGCCAUCGACAGCAAUCGCAGAGAAGGUCGGCGUCCCAGCUAUACCAACAGCCUGUACCGCUACUCACCCUCCCCGAGCUCUGCACCACAUGGCCUCCUCUCUUCAUCCUCGAUGCAAACCACCCCGACCCGACACAACGGCCUGAGUACCUCCGCCAGCCCAAAUCUAAAGAGAAAGACAGAUGAGAUGUCAACCCCUGUAUUAACCAGCCAGCUGCCCAUGGCUCUGGCACUAGGCCAGCAGCAGCAGCAGCAGCAGCAGCUGGCACAAGCUGCCACCUUAGAGCAUCUGAGAGAGAGGCUGGAGCGAGGAGCAGGAGGAUCCCUGGCCGACGGUCCAGAGAAGAAGAUGAUGCAGCUGGCGGAGGAGCAGCAACGCCUCAUGCAGCAGGCCCUCCAACAAAACCUCCUGGCUAUCGCCUCUCAUCUCAACCCCAUGAAUCUCAAACUGAACAGUGGACAUGAAAAAGAAAGCAAACAAGAUUUGUCUCUGAGUAUCUCCACCAACGGAGCUGCCAGCAUCAGUGUAUCUGUGGAGGUCAAUGGUACCAUUUACUCAGGAACGCUGUUUGCCCAGAGGUCAGCUGCUCCCGUCACAUCACAGGCUGUAACACUGGCAGGAACAAGUGGCUUCAGCGCCCUCUCCUCCUCACACAGUCCCUCCUCUUCAUCUUCCACCUCAUCAAAGGGACCAAAUUAAUGCUCACUGGUGCUUAAAUCUUGAGCAAAUAAUUACACAGUAUACCUCUCUUGUCAGACAAGAAUUCUAGGGAAAAUCAGCUGCAACAUCUCUCCAUUACUUUUACAGUGUCAUGUGCUUCAAAUGAGGAUUUAAUGUUUGACCUCAAAGGCUUCCAAACUGACGAUAAUGUAGAUUCAGAUGACAGUUUACCUUAGUGCCUGUUAAAAGCAAUGCAAAUGUAGUGGGAUUCAUGUAUAAAGGGCUUUACAAGCUAUGUUCAAAGUGUCUUUGGAGCAGAAAAGUGCACGAUGGGAACAAAUGCUAAGCCUCUUUAUUUGUCGCUAAUUGUCCAACAGUUCUGUAGCUGCCUUUUUCCAGAGUAGAACAAUGUGGUGCUGCUGACGAAGACCAAAAAGCCUUAGCUCAAUGUCAUAGCUCCUGUCUGUAACUAUGUUGCUGAAGAUUAUGCUUAAUACUUUUCACAGCAGCUUUCAGGGAUUAUUUCCACCAUCGGUUUCCACAGAGAUGUUGUGUCCUAAAGAGUCAAAUAGAAUUUGGUUGCAGGUUGGUUGGAUUUUUUUAUGUUUUGCAUCGUGUGUUGUUUUGUUUGAUUUUUUUUUUUUUUUUUAUUUAAUCAUUUGGCUCAGCCUCAAAAUUCCAGAACGUUUAUUUCAUGUCAUCUGUGAGAGAUGAGGUUUCUCCUGGGACCUUUAUGUAAGAUGGCAGUGAUCCAUAUUUACCUCAGUUUGACUUCCCUUGUUGGUGAGUUUCACUGGAAUGUCCUCUGGACUCGUCACUGUCGUGCUGUAUCUCAUAAUAUAUUGCUGUGUUGUAUAAAUGCAGAGAAUGUACCGUUAAUGACCUCAAGCUGUUGACAAGUGAACACUGAACCAAUGCUACCUCACGCCUCUAGAGAAAUAUGCAAUACUCACAUGUAAAGCAGCGUGUGUUGAUUUAGCCAGCUGCUGAAAAUCUUCUGUAUGCAGACAAUCAAGUGGACAUAUCAUUGCAAACAAAUGUCACGGUGAACUUGACAACUGUGAAUCAUCAGGCUUGAUGUUUAACUGUGUUUUGGUCUUUGAUUAACAUGUUUCUUGGACAUGU